UGUAGCGCGAGCUAUGGCCACCGAUGGAGACAGUGAGCAAGUGAGGCGCGUCCGGUCGCCUUCUCACCGUGGAAUAAUGGCGCAGCCGGCGCCGCUAGCAUUACUAGUGCUGCUGCUGCUGCUCGCCGGCGGCAGCGAGUUCUUGGCGGCGGCCGCGUCGACCGACACCAUUGUGCCGGGCAAGGGCAUGCCCGGGAACCAGACGCUCGUCUCCAAGAACGGGGAGUUCGAGCUGGGGUUCUUCACCCCGGGCUCCGGCAUCCACUACUUCCUCGGCGUCCGGCUUAGGAACAUGGGGGAGUACAGCCCCACGUUCUGGAUCGGGGAUAGGGUCGGCGUCAUCAACCUCCCCGGCGUGGCGCUGGAGAUCUUCGGCGACAAGCUGUACAUCAAGGAGGACGGUGUCAGCCUCUGGUGGUCGAGCGUCGCCGGGAACGGCUCCUCCUCCUCGGGCGCCGCCGCCGCCGCCGCCGUUCUUCUCGACAACGGCGACCUGGUGGUGAGGGACCAGGGGAACCCCUCCCGUGUCCUGUGGCGGAGCUUCGACAGCCCCGGCGACUCGCUGCUCCCCGGCGGGAGGCUCGGGCUCGACGCGGCCACCGGGGCGAACGUCUCGCUCACAUUCCAAGCCUACUCCCACAACGGCAGCCUCCGGGUCGACGCGAGCCGGAGGAACGGCUUCGUGUCUCUCCCCCUGAGCUGCGAGGCCAACGGUCAGACCGAGCACGACGACUCCUUCGCCAUUCUCGACAAGCUGCAAGGGCUCCCUUACAGUCCUCAGGAUGAGGCAGUGACCACUGACGAAGAUUGCAGAGCUGCUUGCCUGAACAAAUGCUACUGCAUAGCAUACUCAACUGAAUCUGGAUGCAAGCUAUGGUAUCACAACCUGUACAAUCUGAGCUCAGCUGACAAACCUCCAUACAGCAAGAUCUAUGUCCGUUUGGGUUCCAAGCUCAGGAGCAGCAGGGGAUUGACCACAAGAUGGAUUGUGCUCUUGGUGGUUGGAUCAUUAGCUGUAGCCUCUGCAAUGUUGGCAUUGGUGCUUCUGUGCAGAUACAGGAGAGAAUUGUGUGUUUCCAGUAAGUUUGAAGUGGAAGGUUCUCUCAUUGUCUACUCUUAUGCACAGAUCAGGAAGGCUACGGGGAAUUUCUCCGACAAACUCGGCGAGGGAGGUUUCGGAAGCGUUUUCAGGGGGACAUUGCCUGGAUCAGCCACUGCUGUUGCUGUGAAGAAUCUGAAAGCCGUUGGGCAAGCAGAGAAGCAGUUCAGAACAGAAGUACAAACGGUUGGAAUGAUCCGACACACUAAUCUCGUCCGCCUGUUGGGAUUUUGUGUCAACAGGAACAGGAUGUUGCUGGUCUAUGAGUAUAUGUCAAAUGGAUCUUUGGAUGCUCAUAUUUUUUCAGAAAAAUCUAGCCUGUUGAGUUGGCCAGUUCGAUACCAAAUUGCGAUUGGUAUCGCAAGGGGUCUAGCCUAUCUACAUGAAGAAUGUGAGGACUGCAUCAUACAUUGUGACAUUAAACCUGAAAACAUACUACUUGAUGGGGAGUUCUGCCCCAAAAUUGCAGAUUUUGGUAUGGCAAAGCUUCUUGGACGAGAAUUUAACUCUGCAUUAACCACCGUGCGAGGGACGAUGGGUUAUCUUGCACCAGAAUGGAUAUAUGGGCAGCCCAUUACCAAAAAGGCAGAUGUUUAUAGCUUUGGCAUUGUGCUCUUUGAAAUAAUCUCAGGGAGAAGAAGUACUGAGAGAAUGAAAUUCGGGAGCCAUCGUUAUUUUCCUACUUAUGCAGCAGUACAAGUGAAUGAAGGCGAUGUUUUGUGCUUGCUGGAUAGCAGGCUUGAAGGAAAUGCUGAUGUGAAGGAGCUUGACAUUACCUGUAGAGUCGCCUGUUGGUGCAUCCAGGAUGAAGAGAAUGACAGGCCGUCGAUGGGGCAAGUCGUUCGCAUGUUGGAAGGCGUUGUCGACAUGGAGAUGCCUCCAAUUCCAGCUUCAUUUCAGAACCUUGUAGAGGGUGAGGACAGUGGUCUAUACUCUGAAGAAAGCUGGCAUUUGAGGACCCAAGAUUAGUGCUAGUUUGCCCUCCCAGUUUUCAAACAGGAAAUCUUUGGUCUCUUUCUUGACCUACUUGAUGUGAGCAGAUUAAUCUGUAGAAAUUAGGGCAACAUAAACUAGUAAGUAGUAUGUCAGCAGAGAGUUUAGGCAUGUAUAAACUAAUAUGUCAGUGGGUUAAUCCGCACUAGAACUUAGGCAUGCACAAAUAAACUUUUACUAUGUUGCAAUGAAAAUGUUGAAAAUUUGACAUUAUCUAUAACUGCAGAUUUACAUGUAAAAACCAUACGAUGAGAGCAUCAACUGAUUAUAAUAGAGCAAUUAUACCCUGUGCUGUAUGUUUCACAUCAUGGACACCUAUUCGGAACAAUGGAAACCAGAACA